AUGUCUUCCAGUCAGGAAAUCAAGUUCGCUCUUAACCGCAUCAACCGUGUCUUGAAAGGAAAGAGAACAGAAGGCUACAGAGAUAUUCGACUGGGUCUGGAUCGCAUCCAACGUGUUGUUCCCAAGAUUCAAGAUUGGAAGGGAAUCCAUGUUGCUGGAACGAAUGGCAAAGGCUCAAUAUGCACCUUUCUCGCGGGCAUGUUCAAAGGUGCUGGUAUCGGUUACGGAAGCUUCACAUCACCUGCUUUUCCAGAGAAGCAUAAUGGAGUCACCAUAAACGGCCUUUAUGUAAAUCCACGCAUGUACGAGAUGGAAAUGCAGCAUGUUCAGGAGAAAUGGGACCGAGUUGCCACUGGUUGGGCAAAACAGCAUGGUGAUGAUCCAAAAGGCCUGUCUCCAUUCGAAGCCGAGACGGCAACAGCAUUCCGGGUUUUCAACAAGAUGCACGUUCCUUAUGGUAUUGUCGAGGUUGGUAUGGGCGGUGCCACUGAUGCGACCAAUGUCAUGAAGCACAAGGCUGUUACUGUCAUUUCCAAGAUCGGUCUUGAUCACCAAGAAUACCUCGGCAACACCAUCGAAAACAUCGCCAAAGUCAAAGCUGGAAUCAUGAAAAAGGGUGUCCCCUGUAUCGUUGACCACACUAACCUCCCUUCUGUCAUACAUGUUCUCCGAGAGCACGCCCGAUCAAUAGGCACAGAUAUUAUUCUCACAUGGAAAGGCGAACCUUUACUCAUGUCCCUCGACAAUUCAAAAUGGCAGCUUGAGAGUUACCAAGUACAGAAUCUUUUGUGUGCAGCCAUGGCCUUUCGUCAGCUGUUUCCGUUACAGCAAGUCAAUUUUGACAAGCUUUUGGCAACGGGUCCCUUCCUACCUGGUCGAUUAGAAACAGUUCGUGUAAAUCCGCCUGCUUCUGGAGUCGAAGCUCGAGAUAUCUUGGUUGAUGGUGCUCACAACAUGCUGGGCAUUGAAACAUUGGCCGACCAUGUCAACAAGCGUUUACGGACUCCGGAGCAGCCAGUGACUUGGGUUAUGGGCGUGUCAGCCAGCAAGGAUAAGCCUCUGCUAGCCAUCAUCGAAAAGCUCGUCCAGCCCCACGAUAAUUUUGCUAUGGUCGAGUUUACUCAAGGCCCCAACGAUCCUCAACCAGCACCCGCAAACUACGGUACUGAGCACGCCAGAACCUUUCUUCAAAACCCCGAACAAGUCUACGACGGAGAGCCUGAUAUUUCGAGCGCGCUGCCUUGGGCAUGUGACAAGGCCAAUGGCGGGCCUGUCGUUGUGACAGGAAGUCUGUAUCUGAUUCGACAACUAUUGUCGCUGAAGGGUAUUCGCCGAACAAGGGAGCUAGGUACUAGAAGACCUGGACGUUCUCAAUUAUAUCGAUAUACUAAGCUCGCCAGGGAGGGAAAGCUCACAAAGGCUGAGCAACGUGAGUUCAAAGAAGCAAGACGACACUUUGAACUAUCGCCCCAUCGAAGCCGGAUCUUCAGCGACAAACGCGAGCGAGGAUAUCUCCGACCCAGAGCGCAACCAGUUUCCAAAAGAACGAGAUCACUCCAGAGAGAGGUUGCGUUCCAUGCAAACCAGCGACGAAGUUAUGAACAAACCAUCAAGGCUCUAACGAAAGAUUUGAGAGACCUAGAUCGGAGGAAGAAGAACCCUAAUCCCCAAGGCCCAGUUGCGAAACUAGUAGCUCGUAUCGACGAUUUGAAGACUCAGGUUGCCCAGCACAAAAAGAGACACAGCGAAACCAUGGCCCAAUUAAGAGGGUACGAAGCUAUCCCGCACAUGAAAUACAAGACCCAUACCCAAAUCUUCGGGUACCCCAAAAAGCCCAAAGCACCAACCCAGUCCCCCUUCAAGGUCGAUGAGGAGACUGCCAAGUCCUCUAAGAAGAAGGGAAAGCCCGUUAUGACGUGGAAAGAUAGAAGAGAGAGUUUCACUGAGGAGGUUGCGGCGGCUGAGAGAGAGCGAGCAAUGGCGACCCGAGAAGCUGCAAGGACGAGAGCGGCAAAGGACAGUGCCGACCCCCAGAUGGCUGGCGGCAGGAGAGUUUCGUGA